AUGAGAGAAUCUGUGGAUCGUGUUGUCCAUCAACAAUUAUCUGAGGAAGAAUUGGAGCCUUUUGAAGAUAUUAUAAAUUUCAUUUACAAGGCCAAGUUCAGUAAAUUGGAUCCAAAGAGCUUGUUGAGCGUUGUCAUGGCUGCUGACAAAUUUGAGGUCAAUCAAGCAAUGAAACAGUCCAUAGAGUUUAUGCUUGAAUCGGAAUUGAAUCUUGAGGCAGCUGUACUUUAUCUGGAGUUUUCUCCAGCUAAUGCUACUGUAGCUCAAGCUUUGGCCCCAGUGAGAGCUGCUUCUGGUCGAUUUCUGACUCAAAUGUUCAAGAACGUGUUUAGCCAUAAGGACGAUCUUCUAGAGUUGCCUCUUUCAGCUAUCUUAGAAAUUUUCAGAAGCAGUGAUUUAAUUGUUCCAAAUGAAGAUUAUGUUUACCUUUUUCUGGUGGAUUGGGUCAAGAAAAAAUAUGAAGAUGAGCACAUGAGGUGUACCGUUUUUAGCAAAGCGUUGGUGUUCCUUAUUCGAUUUAUGCACAUGACGAUCGACCGCCUAAUGGCCUUCUCAAAUUGCCCUCUGAUGCCUAACAAAGUUGAUGUCAAGUCAAUUAUUUCUAGUGCAUUCUUGUUCAAGAUCAAUUGUUCGACAGUGAAGGUAGCUCAUUGGAAUUAUGCCCAGCGGAAUUAUCUGAUUAGGCCAGUCAUUUUGACGAACCUUCUGCCAUACAACGAAUUGUUGGCCUAUUUUGAUCUUCCUCUGGCCGACUUUGCCCGGAUGAGUAAUCCUGCGUGGAGGAGUACAUAUACUGAGGUUUUUGCCUAUGGCGGCUACAGACUCUUUGUGCAGUGCCAAACUACUAUAGAUGCGGUAUCCAAUGCUCCAAGUGCAUUUGGGAUGUUUUUGUGUGCUCAGAAGUCAACUCAGCCUGAAGUCUUGUCUGUGACGUUCUCAGUAAGGCAAAAACCUGGUGGCGGCUAUGUGGACAAGUUUUCAUUUGACAGCCCCUUCCUUCCGGAUAACAAGUUUGGAGUUGCUGAUUUAUUAUUAACACCCUGGGCUGAGCUUCUUGAUGAGAACAACUUGUUUUUGAUCAAUGGUUGA